AUGUCGAUCCAAAAGUAUAUAGACUCAUUACAUAAAGAUGAAAUCAGAUAUGAACUCGCCAUUAUUGGUGUUUCCACAGAUGAAAAUGUAACCAACGAUGCAUUGAGAAAGCAAAUCCGCCAGGUGUACAAACUCGCACGCCGUGGAAGCAUGAAGUGCGAACCACUCCAGUCACCCAGUAUAGCCUCUGAACUAGAGAUCUGCACCCCAAAAGUAGAACUUCUGGAAUCUCAGCUGCAGGCUGGUAAAGUAGAUGAUCGCAAUUUGACUCUUAAACUGUCUCGUCGAGCAAAUUAUUUGAUGGAUAGACUGGCUCGUAUCUUUGAAAGUAGUUCGCAUUUGUCAGAUCUUCGUAGUCGUUUGAUUCGCAUUUUGAGUGUCAUAGACGGUGAAGAUAGCGACACGGAUAGCGAAUACAAGGAAACCCAGGCACAGCCGUCUAACCAGAAAGUGGAAAGUAACGUGAUCUAUGUGAAAGAUAAACCCUUGAACCUAAAUACAUUUAACUUAAAAUUUGACGAAACCACCUGUGUUCGUGUAUUUAUUGAACGUCUUGAGGAACUUAAAGAGGCUCGCAACAUUACUGAAGCUCGCAUACUUUCAGCUUUUUCUGAUCUUUUAGAAAACUCUUCUUUAUGUUGGUUUAGAAGUAAUAAGGAUAAUAUCCACUCAUAUUCACAAUUAUUGAAAUGCUUAAGGGACGACUUUGAUAUUCCCGACUUUAGACUAUAA